AGCGGAACUAGUAAUUGAGGUUUGCACAUUUACCCGGAUGAGAUAGCAGAUGAACUAAGGAGAAGAACGCACGGUGAACGACGGAGGGAGAUUUGAGAAGAAAAAAAAAAUCAAUAACUUUGCCGAAUUGUUUAUUUGGUUUCAUGCAAAAUGGAAGAUUUGGACAAAGACAUACGAUCCACUGCGAGAGGUUUUCAUUGCAUCCUAUGCAAUGUGAAUGUACCCAAUAAGGCCAGUCUGGAUGCCCACGUGAAAGGGCGAAAGCAUGUGAAGCUGAGCAUUGUGCGGGCGACUCGGAAGGCUCAGGUGGAGAACAGUGUGUUUGUCAGUGGGAUCAAACCGGAUACAGCUCAAGCUGACCUUGUAGACUACUUCCAAAGGUUUGGACCAGUGUCAGAAGUCAUCAUGGACAAAGACAAGGGUGUAUACGCUAUUGUGGAAUUCAGUGAGAAUGACAGUCUGCAGGCCACGCUGUCCCGGUUAGAGCACGACAUGAACGGUCUGAAGCUGCGGGUGAAACCCAGGGAGAACAAGGAGUUCAAAUUGAUCCCUAAAAAGAGGCAGGAUUCCAAGAACCUGCAGCAGAUACUGGAGCGGCUCACCAAAGAGCUGUGCCAGACUGCUUCGGUGAAUGAACAGAUGCAGACGGUGGUGGAGCGAUUCCAGUUGGGCGAGAAUGAGAAAAAGGCCAGAGAGUUACUAGUGCAACUGCUCCAGGAGGUGUUUACAGAGUUCUUCCCAGAUAGUCAGAUCCUGGCCUUCGGUUCCUCCGUCAACACAUUUGACAUCCACUCCUGUGACUUGGAUCUGUUCCUGGACCUGGACAACACCAAGGUGUUCCAAGCUCAGGCCAAGAAUUCUUCUGAACAGGCAGGGGAAGGCCCGCCGGACGACACCCGCUCUGAGGACUCCAUCCUGUCCGACAUCGACCUCUCCACCGCCUCGCCAGCCGAAGUGCUAGAGCUGGUGGCGGCCAUCUUGAGAAAGUGCGUCCCUGGGGUGCACAAGGUCAUGCCGGUCAGCGGCGCUCGCCUCCCUGUGGUUAAGUUCAUCCACAAGGAGCUCAACCUCCAGGGGGACGUGACCAUCAAUAACAGACUGGCGGUGAGGAACACCCGUUUCCUGCAGCUGUGCUCAGGGCUGGACUCCAGGCUGCGCCCUCUGGUCUACACCGUCCGCUACUGGGCUAAACAGAAGCAGCUGGCUGGUAACCCCAGCGGUGCUGGACCCUUGCUGAAUAACUACGCUCUGACACUACUGGUGAUCUUCUAUCUGCAGAAGUGUGACCCUCCUGUUCUCCCCACGUUGGACCAGCUGAAGGACAUGGCCUGUGAGGAGGAAGAGUGCGUGAUUGAAGGCUGGAACUGCACCUUCCCCAGUCAGCCCAUUGCUGUGCCCCCCAGCAAGAACACCCAGGAUUUGUGUGCCCUGCUGUCAGGCUUCUUCUCCUUCUAUGCCCAGUUCGACUUUGCCAGCUCUGUCAUCUCCAUCAGGGAGGGCAGCUCUCUCCCCGUCACCAGCUUUCUUAGCCGAGACAAGGUAAAGGGGGAAGGGGAGGCCAUGGAGCAGGAGAGGUCCUCAGGUCCUAAGCUGGGCCCCCUCAAUGUGCUGGACCCCUUCGAGCUGCACCACAAUGUGGCGGGCAACCUGACGGAGCGCAGCCAGAGGAGCUUUCAAAGGGAGUGCCAAGAGGCAGAGAAGUAUUGCCGCAGCCUGCAGUACAUGCGGAAGUCCACCAAAGGUAAGGUGUGGGGCCUGGUGCGCCUUUUCACCCCCCGGGACGAGGGCCCUCACCACCACAAGGGGGCUGAGGGGGCAGAGCGGGAACUAGCCAUCAGCAUCCCCUUCAAGGCGGCGUCGCUCCCCGAGGUGGUCCGCAGCCAGCUGCACUCUGCCGGGGACGGCUUCCGCUUGCUCUGGUUCCAGAGGGUGUGCUCUGCUGUGGAGGGGGUGAUUCAGGGAGUCCUCAAGUGCAGCCUAACUAACACCGGCAUGGGGGAAAGCACUGGAGCUGACGGAAUGGAUACUGCAUCACCGAUUGGCAAAUCGACAAACGACCACGGUGAGGAUGCCAGCUGCCGUGACUCCAGCCCCCAGAGCAAGACUGGAGCCAAGAGAGCCCUGCUGUCCUCUGAGAGCAGCGGCGACUCCGUGUCCCCGCAGGGCAAGAGGCCCAGGUUGGACAGUUACAUCGGGUCCCAGCCCGGUUCUCCACACUGGACCUACGUCCAGAGGCACAGGGUGUGGGCGGGCCGGCGGAAGGUAAGGAGGGAGCUGCUUAAAGGAGGGAUGGACAUGGACUCCAGGCCAGAGGGCAGCAGUGUGGAGCUGGAGACCCAGGUGACCAACCACAUUGUGGAAAAGGAGCCAGAGGACAAGGAGCCGCUGGAGUUCCAGGUUCAGGCCCAGGUGGUGGGCGGCACAGAGAGCACCAAGGCCGUGAUCAAGUUCCGACCCUCUGCCGAUGGCGCCGGACUGUUCCAGGACUUCUUUCACUUCCUGGAGAUGUUCCUGCCCAAGAUGGCCGACACACUGAUGGGGAAGACUGGGUAGAUGACGCCGGACUGUUUUGUAAAAGGGUUGUGUGGGUUCUGAUAAUCAUCACUUUGUGUUUUUUCUUCUGAAUAGUGGAAGAGUGGUUGAAACUGGUCAUUUUACACUAUUUUCAUAUUAUGGGAGAUUGUUUGUUGUUGAUAAAACUAAAGGAGUUGUCUCUUCUUGAAAACGGAUCUGACUAAGAUGGCUCUGAAGUGUUAUGAAAGAGCUUGAGUAAUGGCUUUGAUAAAGCCAUGAAAAAGAUUGAAAAUUGUUUGUGCGCUGUCAUGCUAUUAAGUUAGGUAUGUUUUAGAUUAGGGUUGGCACGUGCCCUGCAGCAAUGCACUCCUUUGUAUUGUUUCAGUGAUUUUGUUUGGUUUGUUUAUCUUGUUUUAUGGGGGGGGGGGAAUGGUUUGAAGAAAAUUAAAGGCUAUUGAAAACUGUUCUCAACAGUUGGAAUAAAAUGAAAAAUAUCUUUAUCAA